AGCUGCUGCACGCCGAGGCUGCGCUGGGACGUACGAUGCUCUCGCUAACCUUGUGACUUCGUUUCUGUUUGAAACAAGACCAUGGACAGUGGUGAGUACCCCUUCUGCAGCCUCUGGCUUUGCCUUCAGUCUUAGUAAUAAGGACAAUGCCCAAAUUUUGUGCGCUAUGACACAUGGAUGAAGCACUUUUAACAGAGUAAUUAAUACAAAAAGUUUUAUUCUUCCUCUCGUGUACUAUGAACAAAAAAGAACUACUCAAAACUAUCUUUUUCACAGGCUCAGCAAACUCAAGUCAAUUACUUCAGAAACAUUAAAAAAAAAAAAGGCUUGGAGGGAAUUUCAAGGGGGCUUCUCUGACCCAAAGCAAGUGAGCUCUUCUCAUCAUUCCUAUCUUUUUUCAUGUUCCUUUAUAUAAAAAGAAACUGCCAUCUCCUUGGUAAUAUUUUAAUUCCAUGAAUAAAUUAAGGGAUUGAGAGUUUAUUCUUGGCUAAACUUGUCCAAUCUUAGGCAAACUGUCUAUAAAUGAAUAUCUUCACUGCAGCCACAAAACUUUGAACUGCUCUAAAAACUGUGGCUUUGCUGGAGCAGCCCUGAGCUGGGGUACUUGUCAGGUCUGCAUUCCAACGCAGUGCUCCAUCACCAAGCACACAGAGCAGAGCAAUAAGCGAGAAGCAUCAGCUCUUUGGCACGUGCCAUCCCCAUUAGCCCAGGAGGCACAAGACUUGUUUCUGUCUCUUGCAGAAAGUUUUAAACAUUUUGUUAUUUGUUAUUGUCACUUCACAUCCAGUGCUCCACAGGCACCGACUUCACAGAGCAUGAGUGGGUGGUGGGCUGUAGGAGGCAAACGCACUGUGGGUCAGAGAUGUGGAGAUGAGAUACAAGCUCUUUAAGACUGUAUGAUUUAUUCCUUUUUUUGGUUUUUUUGGCUUUCAUAUUUGCAAACACUAAUUCCAGGGUGAAUGAGGGAGGUGCAGGGAAGAGGGACAAAUGUAGUAAUAUCUCAUGAGGGCACAUUAAACCAGAUUAACCAAAAUGGGUUUAUAACACAACUAAUACCUCCCUAUGCCAGGCAACGUGGUCAGAGUUGUAAUAAGGACGGUGAGGGGAAUGGGACGGUAGCCACGGAGUCCAUUCCAGUAAAGCCCUAUUCCAGAUGUGAUGAAUCGUCCUUUGCCAUAAUACGGAAUGGGAGGGGUCUGCCUUUCUUCUUGGAUAUUUUCAAAUCAAAGCUUUGAAUUAAUUGGGAUGUGAGAGGAUUCCCUAUGCAUUUCAACACUGCAGCAAGCAGUAUGAAGGCAGGUGCAGAUGUCCUGUGUCAAGCACUGCAGACACAACUAGACAGCCUGUGAAUGCUGAGAUUUGAGUGCCCAAUUCCCUGCAUGUGCCUUAGGCUAUAGCACAAGAAUAAGGAGCAUUGGACUCCCCAUUUUCUGAAGAAGUUGUGAAAUGGAGAUGCAGAACUUUAACUCAUGCAAUAUCACAGAGAGAGCUGGCCUCGUACAGUCAGGGAAAAUAACCACUUCUGGUAUCUUUGUCUGGCGUUUCAGCCCCCAAACUAUUCCUCAUCUUCCAGGCAGCGAUUUCUCCUCUUGGAAGGUCUGCAGUGAUCUCUGGAUUAAGCAGAGGGGGUUCCACUUGCAGUAUCCAAAUGUAAAGCAACAAACAGCGCAGCUGGAGCUAAGCCUGUGUUGAGUUAGGUAGGGGAGCUCAGGUCUCUCGACAGUGACGAAACGCAGCUGGGGGGUGCAGUAUGCUCCUGCUUGGUGCAAAACAGGGUACUGGGCCCCACAGGAUCCGUGAGGCAGGAGCAGGGAAUGGGCAGAGGGUGUCUUCUCAUGGAUGCAUCCUCAGAGCUUCUAGCAAUCAGUGGUUUAGGAAAUUCCUGACCCAGAGGCUGCAUACAAACCAAUGUGUCAUAACCCAACUGGAGCUGUUGGCCAUAAAUCAGUCUUUGUGAUCUCGUUUAAACUUUUGGCCCAUGUAACACCAUGAAGUUGUGUUGUAGGUUUCCUGUUUAAUGGGGGACAGCUGUUAGUCUGACCUUAGUUAAUUGGUAAAGGCUAUCUAUGGCAAAAAAAAAAUGAAAAAGGACUAGUGAGAACCUGAUAAGAGUAUGGCAAUUUUCAUGCUUCAGGUUUUCUUUCCUACUAUUGUGUUUCAAAGGGACGGUCCUAAAGAAAUGUUUAUCAGCGUUGGAAUAUGAACAGCAUUGCUGUUAGACAGUUGUAUAGGAAAGAAGAUUGGCUCACCUGAUGACUUUUUAAAAUUUGCUUAUCUCUGUUUAUCUUGCCUUUUGAUUCACUAUUUCCUAAAGGAGGUGGAGACAGAUAACCAACUUCUCCAACACAAAUGUAUGAAUGUAGGAAAUAGAAGUAGUUCUGUUACGCUCAUUUCAGCAGUGAAAAUGCUCAUCUUUCCUUUGUCAGUUGUGAGAAACACAGGGGAAAGGAGGGGGGAGCAGGCACUGAGCUGUUAACUGCCAAAAGUCAUUAUAUUAUUUAAGUAUGAUUAAUUCUUCUCAGAAAUAUCCGGUUCUUUCCCCAAAAGCCUACCAUACUGAUGGUGAAGAGGCACCAGAAACUGGUGUAUGGGUACAGCUAUCAGUAGUGCGUUACUCACUGCCUACACGUGUGCUAAGAUACUCGAGACUCAAACUUUUACUUUGCAGUCCUGGCCAACAUCAAAAAUAAACAACCAGAGCAGGUUUGCUCUGCUUUGUAGUACUCACAAAAGCACUUCUGACUCUUGCUUUUCACUUUGCACAUCCCUCAGCAUCAACAGAGGCGAGCAGCUGCUUCCCCACAGUUAGAGCCAAAUCUGUUCGGGAAGAGCUGACUUGCAGAACAAGAGGGAGUCCCUUGUGCAGCACGAGCCCCAGUGAUUCCCACUGCAGGAUUGUUUGUCCAGUUUUAAACAUCCUACUUGGUUGUGUUUCUGCUCCUCCCUCCACCUCUGGGGAGACUUUCCACCAAAUCCUUCUUGCUGUCAGAAGUUCUUCUGCUGUUACUUAGCAAUCAUUCCCCUUUUUUUCCUAAUUCCAUGCUUAAAUCUCUAAUUCUGGGCAUAUCUGUGGGGAUUUGCUGCUACUACUGCUUAUUUUAUCUUGCUUAAGAUUGGCUCCUGAUGCUGAAGGAGAUUCAGAUAAACUGCAUGGGAUUCAUCUGUCCAAACCUACAAGCCCACGCUUCUGCCACAGCAUGAAAUGAACUGCACCACAACUGCCUUAAAAGCGUUUUCGUUCCCUUUGCUAUCAAGGGAACCAAAGCAAUUAAGCAGAUGCUGAUGGCUAGAAGAAAGUAAGAUGAAUCCCAGUCCUUGUGCUUACUCCAUGGACCAAGAUUUCCAAAUGUGACUUGCUGCUGCCUGAUCUCUCCGAGCACUGCCAUCAGCAGCUGCACAUGUCCAUCUGUGAGCGAAGAGGUGCAGACACGGCAGUUUUAAGCAGCUUUCAAAACUGCUGCCACCUUUCAUAGGAGCGAGUUGGUGGAAGUCAUCUCCUCACCGUUCAUCUGACAAAAGCUGUGCUGGGAUAUUCCCAGAGAGAAGAACCCCUUCCCUCUUUCUCUUGCACUAAGCAGUUCUCCUUUCCACCGUGUUUUCCCAGGAUGGGAGCGUGCUUUUGAGAAGUGCAGCAAAGCAGUGCAUCACCAGGGCUGGGGGCUUACUCAGGGCUUUACAGCAUGCAUUGACUCAUUAACUGUAUUUUUUUUGUUGUUGUCUUUUUGUAACUAAGGUUGUUAGUUCAACUGUUUGCGGGGACUUUUGAGAGGGUUUUUUCUUAAUAUUUUGAGGAACGAAACUUUACGAAAAUACCCGCAGCCGAGAACUGCCAGCGGCAAGAAAAAGUAAAGCUACCUAAAAUUGCCCAUUUAACGCCAAAGCGGGUCUCGUUUCCUCUCUGCAACCCGUUUGCUUCUGCUCCCCUCUCCCUUCCCCCACCACGCCGGACUCCUAAGAGCACUGCAGCAAGAAGUGAGUUUCGUCCAGUUGACCUGAAACCAGUGACUCAGGGACCCGCUCAACAAAGUAGUGCGGGAGACCACGAGGCUGAACUGCAUCACCAGUUGUGCCUCUGCAAAUGCGUAAGCUGAGGUGGUGGGACAGAAAGAGAGGAAGAACGGUGCAAGCUCUUUUUUAUAUUGAAAAUAGUUUGACAUUUAAGAUACCUAAAACAGAAACCGAGGGAAAAAACGAUUGUGAAGUUCUUCAAAGGAAUGAUACUUAGCUGAACUGUUUCAGAAUCGUUAGUUGAGUCACUUUGUUAUCAGUCCCGUUUCGUUAGACACUUCAAAGUGUGCUUAAAAAACACCUCACUGCUGCUAGGCAUUCAGGAUUUUUCAGUUUAAGCAGGGGCUGGACUGGCCCUGGGAGGUGAAGGAAGAUGCAACAACCAACAGAAGAAAAUAGUAUUGCACUCGGAGGGCAAGAGCCUGGGGAUGGCCAUGCUGGUGCAUCAGCCUGGCACUAGGAGGCACCGUGGUUGUGCUCUUCGUGUGGAAAAACUGGGCAUGGUAUGAUUUAAGUUGGUGUCCUUCUGUGGGCACUCAGAGUGGCUCUCCUCUGCCUCCUUUUUAUACAAAUUCUUAGUUAAUUAGGAGUUAACUAUCUUUGAGGCCUCAGCCCCCGACAAAUGGGGUUGACAGUGGCCAGUAGGGGUAACAAUCAGUAGACACAGGCAGGCAUAAACACAGCCUGCAGGAGUCCCUAGGAAACCAGGCUAAUAACACACUGGGACAGAUCAUUUAGGCUCCAAUGGGUGUUUUUUUUUGCAGUGGUCAGGGACCCCAUGCCAGUAUCCCAGGCGGGGAAGGCAACUACAUCUUAGGCUUGCUGUAACGUGCUGGGUAAAUUUAAGUGGUUUGGGCUUUUGGUGCGUUUCCUGUGUGUGAUACGCAAAAGUUCGAUAAGCAUCUUUAAGGGAGAGAUGGCUACAUCAGGUGCUCACUGAAGCUCUUCCUGCAGUCUGGGACUGGUCAGACCGCAAGACAUUGGACAGACAGAAACUACACAGACAGAAGCAUUUAGCCAGGCCUCCUCCUUUCCCCUCAAGCCUAAUCUUGGCCAAGCUACCUUGACUUACUCUCCUCCUGCACUAAUGAGGCACUUCUACACGUUUCAGAUUCCCCCAGGAGGAUUCAGAGGUGAGGGGUCUAGUAACAUAACUAAGCACCCAGGAGCACGAGGAUAAAUGAAGAAUUUAAGAGGCGGGGAGGAGGAUGACAAGGCACAAACUUCUACGAGGCCUAGUGGGAAGCUCACGUACAGGCCCCAGGGAAUGAGAAAUACGAGUUUUUGCACAUUUCACCCAUGUAUUGCCUCUCACAUGUAAUCAAACACCUGCAAUCACAGAUACUGAUGUAACUAUUGCUGUUUUAUGAUGCUUUUAUGGUGGGCAGUUACCUGAAGUAGUGGAAAUUCAUUCUCCUAGUCCAGUUCAGUACCCGAACAAAGGAGCUCUGCAAAAAAACAGCAGGCAGCAAUCCAGAACAGAGCUGCGUACAACAGGCUGCUGAACACCAGAAGGGCAAAGGAUUCAGUGAAAUUUAUGAACAAACAGGCUUAUCUGUAGGAGGAAGGCAUGCUCAUUAGAAGAAACAGGCAGCCAAAAGCCAAAGGGAUCUCCUGCCUCUGCCCCAGCCUUGCUCAGCACUCCUGGACCAGAUCAUCCAUGGGAAAGCAGGGGUCUGCUGUGAAGGGAACUAGCUGCUGCCGAGAGAGGACAUCUUAGCAUGAGCAGCACAGGAUCACAGAACAUCCUGACUUGGAAGGGACUCACAAGGAUCAUCGAGUCCAGUUCCUGGCUCCACCCAGGACCACACAAAAAUCAAACCAUUAUUUCUGAGCACUGUCCAAACGCCUCUUUAGCUCCGUCAGGCUCGGUGCUGUGACCACUUCUCUGGGGGGAAUCAGGAGCACGAUGCUCAGAACAGCAGAUGCCAACUCUCCUCAAGGAGGGACACGUUCUGCUCAGGCCAGAGCAGAGAGUGAGGGCUUUUUCACAGCUGCCACAUCACCUUCUAGCUUGGGCAACUUUCAGUCACAACUGCCUGGGGUAGAUGCUGGCAUGUGCUUUAAAUAGAGAGAAGAGAAAGCUUUCACUGGCCUCUCUGUCUCUGCUAACCACAGCAGGAAGAGCUGUUUGUCUGAGAUUGCUCUCACCAUUAUCACAUCUGGCUCUGAAUUUAAUUUUUUCCCCCAGCUGUCAGCAUGCUGCGUCUCCACAUCCAAAGGCAGCACAAGCCAGCUCUGACAUUUAGACAAGCAAUAAAUUUCAGCCAGCUUCAGUUAUGUAUAUCCCUGCAGGGAGCCGAGCUUUCCUGUUCUGCAGUCCAGUCACCUCUCUGUCAGGGAACAGCUGGGCCAAAUUUAUUGCACUCACAGCUGUAUGUUUUUACAUGUGUCUUGGGUAUGCUACACCCUCAGCUCAGAUGGCAGCACAGCAGACUGGCUGCUGAUUGCGCCUUGCAGAAGCAUGAAGCUGGAGGGGGAGGAAACGACAACUGACUGAGGAAAAAAGUCUAAAAUACAAAUUGUUACACUACGUGUGAGUUAACUGUCUUUUGUUAUCAAGCCUUUAUAGAUGAGACUGGAGGGGCCGGAUUUCUGAGACUUAAUCUAUGCUUGACAGUAACUUGUUAUAUGACCCUGGGCUAUCCUGUUAGCAUCUUCAUCGCUUUUUUGUUUAUGCAGCUGUGGAGAGCUUUGCAGGGUUGAGAAUGCCGCAGUCAAGUAUGCUACCACUGCUUUUUCAAAACAAGCAUCGUGUGGAAAUCCCUACUUAAGUGCUGAUACUAACACAGUGUCUCCUUCUUCUAUAGGUAAACAGUUAAAGGUCACCCUUGUUUUCAGCCUUCCUCUAAUUUUUCAGGUAAGAUGUUGAAAACAAUGUUGUUGAAAUCCAGCCGCAUUUGUGUUGUGGGUAAAGAGAGAUCUCGAAAACUUUGACACGCAAAACAGCAGCCACCCACAGCCUGGAGAGAUCCGUAGGGGACAGGGCUGCUCAUGAUCAGAGCCCAGCACGUUCGGAGGCGGGUGGUGAGAAAGCAGAGAGCAUUGCUUAAGCAUGAAGAAAAACAAACAAAAUAAAUGCAGACAAAGAACGAACAGAGACAACUACAUAGACCAAUUCUAAGGUGGUGUUUUCUGUUAGAACCAGUUUCCAUUAUUGCAACAACGUGAGCAUUUUCAGGAAAGAUAAAAAUAUCACAUGAAGAGCACUUGUGAAAAGUCAGCCUGGUGCUCUUUAGAAGUACCUGCUCACAGUGCUGGGCUUUACCUGCUCUAAGUACUGAAGAGCUGACAUGCCCAAGGAGGAAGAGUGCAGCUGCCUCGAAUGUGACAUUCAUCUUCUUCUGCCUAUUCCUGCUCAGAGUAAAUCUGAAGCAGGAAGAAGCCCAAGCACCGAGCUCUGCUGUGACCUGCUCCUGAACCACGGGCCUGGCCCCCAGCACUCACGCUCCUGCAACCACAGGAGCAGCCUCAACCACGCCAUGGUCCCCAGCCUGGGCUCUCUGAGAGGCUCAGCAAGGCAGGGAGGGUUUUGCAGCCUGCUUCUUUUCCCUUUCACUUCUGGUGGCAUGCCUCCAGAUAGCACGCAGGAUGUGGUAAAAGCCAAGCCUACCUGAGAUGGAGAGUGUGCUGAGAUAUUCAGUGAUAACAUGCAGAGGUAUCCAGGGGAAACCUUUCAUCUCCCUGCAAUGGAGAGAAGGUACUGGAGACUAAUAAGUCUCAAAAAAAGCAGGGCAGAGAUACCACAAGCUCAAUCUGCCCUGUAGAUUAUGUCAGUGUAGGAAGAUGAAACGAGAAUAAUCAGAGCUUAAAUCAGGGGCAGGGGCCUGUGAAUGAGACACCAGCAACUCGUCCGUGUCAGCACGUUCUGUUCUGGGAACAACGUCACCGAUGACUAUGACUCCAACACCACCAUCGACUACACCAUGUUUGAGACCGUGUGUGAGAAGGAAGAAGUCCGUAACUUCCGUGCUGCCUUCCUCCCAGCCAUGUACUCCCUCAUCUGCUUCACAGGGCUGCUGGGGAACGGGCUGGUCAUGGUCACCUACAUCUACUUCAAGAGGCUGAAGACCAUGACGGACAUCUACUUGCUGAACCUGGCCCUGGCAGACAUCCUCUUCCUGCUCACCCUCCCGUUUUGGGCCACAAGUGCAGCCACGUACUGGUGUUUUGGGGAAUCCGCCUGCAAAGCAGUCUAUUGCAUCUGCAAAAUGAGUUUCUUCAGCGGGAUGCUGCUCCUCCUGUCCAUCAGCAUUGACAGGUACUUUGCCAUUGUUCAGGCUGCCUCAGCCCACCGCUUCCGUCCCCAGAUGAUAUUCAUUAGCAAGAUAACAUGCGUUGUAAUCUGGCUUCUGGCCUUCAUCCUCUCAAUCCCUGAGCUGGUUCACAGCGGUGUGAAUAACCCAGACAACCAUCCCCGCUGCUCCAUCAUUGCUAACGACCUGCAGACUUUCAACACUGGCAUCAAAGUAUCCCAAAUGGUUUUUGGCUUCUUAUUUCCCCUGGUGGUCAUGUCUGUCUGCUACCUCAUCAUUAUCAAAACAUUACUCCAGGCCCGCAACUUUGAGAAGAACAAAGCCAUCAAGGUGAUCAUUGCCGUGGUUAUCGUCUUCAUUGUCUUCCAGCUGCCCUACAACGGCGUCAUGCUGGCCAAGACCAUUUCAGCCUUCAACCAUACCACCUCGUGUGAGGAGAGCAAGAAGCUCGACAUGGCAGAUGAUGUGACCUACACACUGGCCUGCUUCCGAUGCUGCCUCAAUCCCUUCCUCUACGCCUUCAUUGGCGUCAAGUUCCGCAACGACCUCUUCAAGCUUCUGAAGGAGCUGGGCUGCCUGAGCCAGAAGCGCCUCUGGCAGCUGUCUGCCUGCCGUGAGAGCAAGAGGUUUUCCUUUGCCAUGGAGACAGAGACAACCACCACCUUCUCCCCAUGAGGAGAGCUACAGGGAGGCUUUAACCAAGCUGAAGGCUGGCGUGGUUUUGUACACUGCUUCUAUUUUGAAUUACUGAUAGAGGAAGACCUGCCACUACUUUAGGAAAGGCAGCUGUAAGAGGAAAACCAAGGAACCUCCCUGUAUUCCCCUCAGUGAUCAUUGCUAUCCAGUACUCCUGUGGAUGGAGAGACUUUGAUAAAGCUAUGACUAACAGUAAAGCAAGGGAAAGGGAGACCAGUGAGUCUUGAAUUUAUCAUGCCAUUUCACCUUUAUUUUAGUCUUUCCUAGUCUAAAUCAGAAAUGCUCAAAAUAGAACAUUUUCCUUAAAAGCAACAAAUAGCAAGAGAGACAGACACAUGCAACAGAACUGCUUGUUUUAGAGCUGAACUUCCAAGAGCACUGUCCUUGCUUUGAACGUUGCAUUUAAUAAGACCACCUUUUACUCUCCAUAAAUACAAAAAUGAUGCCCAUUGCACUGAUUCAGCAUUCAAGACAAAACAGCACCAAAGGACUCAGCCUCCAAGCAUAACACAAUAUGCAAUAUAAGCUGUGAAGUGUCCUAGCAUGCAACUCUCAGCUCUGCCUUCCCUAUGAAAAGUGAGAAAUUUGCUUAACUGAUACCAAAUCCGUAUUUGGUACGAUAUGCAUAAUUUCAAUAGCUAUGCAUACGAUUGUGGCAUCUCAAGUUUGUCAGGAAAAGAACAGCCACUUCGCUUUUACCUGUAGCAACGAUAUCUGGUGUUUCACCUAUAAGGAAGGUGCAUCCUAAGGAGCACAAGUUAUUGCAUCCCAACAUUGACUUGUAUUCUUCAGAAAAGCUGCUUCACUUUAGCAAUAAAGCUUCCUUCAGCUUCUGAAAAGACAUCCGCCUGCACAAGGGCUGACGCAGGGGUAGCUAGCAAAGUUUAGAUUCAAACUUCUUGCACAAAGACAAUUUACAAGAACCAAGUAACUGGUGCCUCCCCAGCCACCGAGGGGAGGGUACAAACUUGAACUAAGAAACAGAUACUUCUGCACCAAUCCAGACAGGUACUCAAAACAUUAUUUUUUACCACCUAGACAUUCAGCCUGUCCAAAUGUCAUCCUUACUACUGACAUGAUGAGCAAGUCUUUACUCACAUCGUUGAUAUUAAAGCAUGUGUUUUGGCAGACUGGUGCAGGAAUGCUCAGCAUUUUACAGAUUCUAGCCCAGGACAAGUUUGUAUCCGUUUCUUAAGGCAAGACUUAAAUUCAGGAUACAGUUGUGCCCAUGGUCCAACCACUGCUAUUUGCCAGUAUCUGAAGCUCACUUAUAUCUAGCUUUAUCAGCUCCUGUGGACGCAGUCUGCUGAUUUUCACAUACGUGUGGGGGCUUUCUGUGCUGUUGCUUGCUGACCUCAAGAGAUAAAAAACACAAAUGUGGGUUUUCUUCUCCCUUCCCAACCAGUGUGUCUUUCUAGAAGGACUUUUGCAGCUGUCUUUUUACAAGUCAGAUACGUAUUUCACUUAUAAGCUACUGAAAAUGUGUUUUGCAUUCAUACUGUCACUUCUAAUAAAGAAGCCAUUGACUGCAGUUUGAUUUAAUGCAAAGGACAGUCACAGCAUUGAAGAUUACUGCCAGGGUCAUGUACUUGAAAGGAACAUGGCAGCUGAACAACAGAUUAUUGUCAUGUAAAACAAGACCUUGAAAAGAAACCCUGAAUGUUACGCCAGUUGAUGCAUUUACUAGAAGAAUGAAGAUUCCUACUGACAGAUGAAUACCCUGGGAACCGCUGUUACAGGACAUCUGGCGAUCCUCAACAUCCUCAACUGGGGAGGAGUUGCUGCAAUUGUUUGUGCAUCUGUUAUUGACUAGCACACUCUAAUCCCCAUAGCACACAGCUCUCCCAAGAGCCAGACAUCAAUGGCAAAAGGUCUUGGCCAUGAACUGCUCUUGGUGCUGGGCAGGAACCUAACUCAGUGGACAUACCAUGCUCACCUUCCAGAGCAGCAGUUGAACAGUUUUGAUUUGGGAAACCUGUAAGGCACAUUCCAGUGGACAUACAGAGUCAUGCAGAGCAAAAUAUAUGCCUACUAAACAGACACACUUCUUUCAAUACUACUCAUGGAACCAUUAGGAGACAUGCAGGGAACUUUCUGGAUCAUAGGUCAAAAACCAGAGAUUUUGUUCUAGAGAAACAAGAAUAAAAUCAACCUUCAAAGAGAGAAUUCAAUUAGCUGGUUUUGAGAUAACGCUGCCAUUUAUACAGCUGUCUGCCGAUCAUUAAAGAAAUUCUCCUUCCUAAGCCCUUUGGCUCAGGGGUGUGGGAUUUCGCCAUGAGCUCAGAUUCAUUCUGCUCCGAGUUACCUAUGUUGAGUGACAAUCCCAUCCAGUUGUUUCAAGCAUUUUCUUUUAUAAUGGCCAUGUAAUACAUAUGAUGAGUGCUGCUUCUCUGUCAUAUAAAAGGGGAGGGUUAAGACUGACACACUGAAUAGUCUUUUGUUCUUGUUUUUCCCCUCUAGUCCUUGCACAGACAAGGCCCUUGGCUAAUAAGAAGUUUGCCAGAGUAAGGAAUAACUGUAAUACAGAGUCUUUUUAGUUUUCUUCAUCAGUAACAGUAUACUCUUGAUGUGUAUUCAUAUAUGUAAAGCUGCUUUUCAUAAAAAAAGAUAAUAUGUACAUGAAUGUACCCUGAAAAUACACUGCUUUAACCGAACCUUUUUAUAAAAAAUACACUCACCUAAAUUAUUCUAGCAAGGAAAACUGUUCCAACAGAAAAUGCAAUUGUACCCGUCUCCUGUUUAAUAAAAGCCAUUCCCCUUCUACAUGCUGAGAAUUUUCUAGGUUUUUGUCAACCAGAUGUAUUCUAAAUAGGAAAACGUGCAGCUGCCUUUACAAGAAUGAGAAACUAAAGCAGCAUCUGGGACAGCUGCAUCUGGUGCCUCCUCAACAAGACAGCAGUGACUUCAGAGUGCAUGGCUCAUCUUAAAGUUUAACAGAGAGAAUAAGUCUGCCACUUGAUGAAACAUAUUAACAUUGACCUAAGAUCCUAACUUGAGAUUCUCUACUAAUGUCUGAAAACUGACUGUAUUUUGCUACUUGUGGAAAAUAAAUUAUAACGAUUUUG